AUUUCGACAAAAUUAAAAAUUGGUUAGAAUUUAUGAGGCUGUGGAGAACCAGAACCAAUGUGUGUGGGUCUCUAUGGAACUCGAAACUUUUUUUGUUUGUGUGGUUCUGUUCUGAGGUUGGCCUAAGCUGAAACAGAAGAUCCUCUUCCAUGGUGAGAAACUGUGCAGAAAAGCUGAGAGUUUGAUGUUUCAUGUUGAGUGGUGAAAUGAAAUUGAGUUGAGAAAUGGUGGUUGUGGAGCUGCAAGAGUUUAAAAGAAUUUUGAGGGUUACUGUUUUUGUUGGAUGUGUUGUUGUUCUUGGUGUACAUGCAUCUCUAACUGGAUAAAGAUGGAAGGUUCUUCAGGUUCUGCCUGGCAGAAAUCUGAUAGCUCGAGGACGUUGAAUAGUUCCGGAGUCUCUGAUAGGAACCAAAGGCAUCGUUGUCCUGAAAGAAAUCGCUUAUCUGGUGAGGCUUCACACGAUUCGAGCUCAAAGAAGGAAAGGGACAGGGUUCUUUUGGCACAAGGUGAUCACAAUAAGAAUCUGGGUGGGUUUUCUGGGUUUUGUGAUGACGAAGUAGGGGCGGACCCUUUUGUUUGCUCUAUAGAAUGGGGUGAUAUUAGCCUGAGGCAAUGGUUAGAUAAACCGGAUCGAUCCGUAGAUGUCUUUGAAUGUUUGCACAUAUUUAGGCAAAUAGUAGAAAUUGUUAACUUAGCACAUUCUCAAGGAGUUGUAGUUCAUAAUGUCAGGCCUUCCUGCUUUGUCAUGUCGUCUUUCAACCACAUCUCAUUUAUUGAAUCUGCAUCUUGUUCGGAUUCUGGAUCAGAUUCUUUAGGAGAUGGAUUGAAUGGCCAAGGUGUUGAGGUUAAAACUCCAAUGUCUCUCUGCCCCCACGACAUGCAUCAUCGGAGUUUAGGAAGUGAAGAUUUUGUGCCUGUCAAACCCUCAACAACUGCUUUGUCAGAUUCUAGUUGCAUGCUGUCGAGUGCAGUGUAUGCAGCUCGUGCGUCGUUAAUAGAAGAAACAGAAGAAAAUAAAAUGAAGGAUAGGAGAAAGGCCGAAGAAGUAGAAGGAAAGAAGCAAUCAUUUCCAAUGAAACAGAUACUAUUGAUGGAGAUGAGUUGGUAUACUAGUCCCGAAGAGGCUUCGGGCAGUCCUAGUUCCUGUGCUUCAGAUGUUUACCGCUUGGGGGUUCUCCUUUUUGAGCUAUUCUGUCCACUGAGCUCAAGAGAAGAGAAGAGUAGAACCAUGUCUAGCCUUCGACACAGAGUUCUUCCUCCGCAGUUACUUCUAAAGUGGCCUAAAGAAGCCUCCUUUUGCUUACUGUUACUACAUCCUGAGCCUAGCAGUCGUCCAACAUUGGGGGAGUUGCUGCAGAGCGAUUUCCUCAAUGAACAGAGAGAUGACAUGGAAGAACGUGAAGCGGCAAUAGAACUUCGACACAGAAUAGAGGAUCAGGACUUGUUACUAGAAUUCCUUUUGUUAAUUCAACAAAGAAAACGGGAAGUAGCUGAGAAGUUGCAACACACUAUCUCAUUUCUGUGUUCAGAUAUUGAAGAAGUUGCCAAGAAGCAAGGCAGACUUAAAGAGAUUACCGGAGCCGAACUAGGGUGUGAUAAUCAUUCAACAUCAAGUUUCCCAUCCAUGACUGUUGUUGAUAGUGAGGAUUCUGCUUGCACGGGGACCAGAAAACGAUUUAGACCAGGGAUGCAUGUUAGAAACAUGGAGGAAUAUGAUGAUAACAUAGUUGAUGAUCACAAAAAUCAGGGAAGUUAUCUUUCGAAAAGCUCACGGCUGAUGAGGAACUUUAAGAAACUAGAAUCAGCAUACUUCUUAACACGUUGCCGACCAUCGUUGGCGAGACCAGUGGCUAGACAUUUGCCUUUAGCAAACGAUGGUAGAGGUUCUGUUGUUGUGUCUGAAAGAAGUUGUGUCAACAACUUAGCAUCAAAAGAGCAAUGCAGGGAGGGUUCAAGUGCUUGGAUAAAUCCUUUCCUUGAGGGUUUAUGCAAGUACUUAUCUUUCAGUAAGCUAAAGGUUAAGGCUGACCUUAAGCAAGGAGAUCUUUUGCAUUCUUCCAACCUAGUAUGCUCACUCAGCUUCGAUCGUGAUGGAGAAUUUUUCGCUACUGCUGGCGUGAAUAAGAAAAUCAAAGUGUUUGAAUGUGAUGCAAUCAUAAAUGAGGAUCGUGAUAUCCACUAUCCGGUGGUGGAGAUGGCUAGUAGGUCAAAGCUGAGCAGCAUAUCUUGGAAUACUUACAUCAAAAGUCAAAUUGCUUCGAGUAACUUCGAAGGGGUUGUACAGUUAUGGGAUGUGACAAGAAGUCAAGUACUGUCCGAAAUGCGGGAGCAUGAGCGGCGGGUGUGGUCGAUCGAUUUCUCAUCAGCAGACCCGACAAUGUUGGCAAGUGGGAGCGAUGACGGUUCUGUCAAGCUAUGGAGUAUCAAUCAGGGAGUUAGUAUCGGUACCAUCAAGACGAAGGCAAAUGUGUGCUGCGUUCAGUUCCCUCUGGAUUCAGCUCGCUUCCUCGCAUUUGGUUCGGCAGAUCACCGGAUAUACUACUAUGAUCUUCGCAACUUGAAAGUGCCGCUUUGUACAUUGAUUGGACAUAGUAAGACUGUGAGCUACAUCAAGUUUGUAGACAAUGUGACUCUUGCCUCUGCAUCCACGGAUAACACACUUAAGCUUUGGGAUUUGUCUACAUGCGCGUCUCGAGUCAUCGACUCGCCUGUUCAAUCAUUCACCGGUCAUAUGAAUGUUAAGAACUUUGUGGGGUUAUCAGUUUCCGACGGUUAUAUAGCCACCGGUUCAGAGACAAAUGAGGUGUUCAUAUACCACAAGGCCUUUCCCAUGCCAGCAUUAUCAUUCAAGUUUCAGAACACCGACCCCCUUUCUGGCCAUGAAGUCGAAGAUGCCACACAGUUUGUCUCUUCGGUAUGUUGGCGCGGCCAGUCCUCCACCUUACUCGCCGCGAAUUCGACUGGGAAUGUCAAGAUUCUGGAGAUGGUUUGAGUUAUGCAUCCACUCAGCAAGAAAGAUACAACACAAGACUUGUUCAACAAGUAUAUGCUACAUAUAGACCAGUAUACAAAUUCCUUGUAAGUUGUAACACAACAAAAUUUUUGCUUUAGAUCAUAGCGGAACAAGUUAAAAAGUGAAGAGUGAGAUGUCAAGAUUGAUCUCAUUUUAUGAAGGAAAGAAGAAAAAAUGUCAUGUAGAUAAUUAUAUAUUGGAAAAAUGAAAGGGGAAAAAAGAAAAAGGAAAAAAAUAUCUAUAUAAGAUUUUAUACAUUCCUGCAUGGAAGCUACUCCAUUUGUGUAGGGUUCAAUUUGUUAUAUGAAUAUCAUGUUUAUAGGAAAAUCAAAUAAGAUGAACGAAUUGGAGAGAUCCAUUUUUUAAUUUUAUUUCCUUUGUUUUCUUCA